AUGCCUUAUAGAUUUUCUGCUGGAAGAAGGGAACUGGAAGUUAUCCUAAACAAACCUGAAGGUAAAUUGGUUCCAUUCCUCGAGCACACCACUUCCCACGCUUCUGUCUUGACGUUGGUAGCUAUCGCAGUAGAGCGUUACGUGGCGUUCUGUCACCCACUUAAAGCCCAAUACAUAUGCACAACAAGCAGAACAAUCAAAAUAUGUGUAUUUAUCUGGAUCGUGGCGGGCGCUUCAUGCAUUCCGUACACUCUAUUCGCGAAACAUGAACCGGAUUUAACACCAGAGGGCGAUCGAGUAUACAGAUGCGGCACGUACAUCGAUACGCGAGAAGCCAGGGCUUUCAUCGUCGUAUUAACGGUGCUUUUUUUCGCUGUACCAUUCUUCUUGCUAGGAGGUCUUUACACUGCUAUCGCCAACGCCCUGCGAAUAAGCACACAGGCGCACUCCACCAAGGGCGCUCAUUACCCAAGACAAGCGUGUAACAGCGACAGGAAUCAAUACGAGCUUGCUAACAUUAGAAAGGACGAUAAGAAGAAGAAUAAAGACGGCACAAAGAAUUCCUUACCACAAGGCCCGCUGCGAGCUCGGCGCCGAGCCGUCGUCAUGUUGUUCGCUGUUGUCGUUAUGUUUUUUAUUUGUUUACUCCCGCAGAGAGCGGUAACUCUAAUUUUUAUCUUCGACAGGGACUUCUCCAUGAAGCACACACCAUACACAAUUCUUAGCCUCGCCACGUUUUGUCGAAUUAUGCUGUACAUGAACUCCUCAAUCAACCCACUCUUAUACAGCAUACUCUCGUCUAAGUUCAGAACCGCGUUCAUGAGGGCGCUGGGAAUCAGACGAAGACGAAAGUGCGUCCGCAGUAACACAGGUAUGACUUCUUUACAGACAGGAUCGGGAUCGCCGUCCAGAAAGAUGACGCCAUCACCAGGUCCAAAACGGCCAAUAUACGUACAGCGAAAUUGA